CAAAAUGUCGUCCGCCCCGAACUUUCAUUCUGGUUCUCGAACUGGCUUGCUUGAAGUGUACGCUCGUCAGCAAUGGCAAAAAGUAUUAGUUACAUUAGAGGAAGACUGUUUAAGUAUAACUUUGGAUGACAGUUAUGAAAUUAGUAAUGGGCCUUCCAAUGGACUCUCAGACUCUGAACCGCCUGAUAUACCGGAAAGCAUUGCAAAUCAAAAAAGAGUUGUACGAGUUGUUAAACAAGAUAAUAGUGGUUUAGGAAUAAGUAUUAAAGGUGGCAAAGAAAAUAAAAUGCCUAUUCUUAUUAGUAAAAUAUUUAAAGGCAUGGCGGCUGAUCAAACGGAACAAUUAUAUGUUGGAGAUGCUAUUUUAUCAGUCAAUGGUGAAGAUCUUAGAGAAGCGACACAUGAUGAAGCAGUUCGAGCUUUAAAACGAGCUGGUAAAGUUGUUGAUAUAGAAGUCAAAUAUUUAAGAGAGGUAACCCCUUACUUCCGUAAGGGCGCCGUUCUUGCUGAAGUAGGCUGGGAAUUCCAGCAAGGUGGCUUCUUACCCUCUUCCCAAUUACAUCGCAAAGCUGGUCGAGCUGAUAUAAGGCAGGUUCCAUUACUUCUUUGUCACCUUUGUCGAAAUCUAACCAUGCCUGAUGCUGACAACCGCACAUUAGAAAUACACUCUCCUGACCGACGACAUUCUUGCGUUUUGAGAUGUCCGGAUGCUGCACAGUGUUCUGCUUGGUUUAAUGCAAUACAUACUAAUGUAGAUGCAUUAAUGUCCAAAGCAGUUGUGGAAGCUGGGCACCUCUUAAAGGAUGUCUUGGAAGGAGCAGAGUUGAAACACAUGGGCUGGCUGUCAGAAAAAAUACAUGAUGAUACAGGUGUUGUACAGUGGAGGCCAGUGUUCUUAGCAAUUACCGAUCGUGAUCUUCUGUUAUAUGAUCUUGUGCCUUGGACUAAAGAAGCAUGGGUUGUUCCUGUUAACAGUAUACCUCUUGUUCAUACUAGAUUAGUUCAUUCAAAUAUGCCAAGAAGAUCAAGUGGCGUUAAUGUACCUGGAAUUACAGAUGUUACAACAUUUACUUUGCGUUUAGGCACUAGGCAGGGAGUGGAGUCUCGUGUUAUGAGAGUUGAAACACAUCGUGACUUAGCAUUUUGGGCACGGCAUUUAGUUCAAGGGGCCCAUAAUGCAGCUUAUGCAAUGAAAGAAGCACAUUUUUCUUGCCUUUAUCAAGGUCAGGAAUGUGUUAUUACUAUCCAUUUUGAAAAUGGAUUUAUGCUACAAGAUGGCCGACAUCAUACCAUUUUAUGGCAGUACCCAUUUGAAAAACUCCGAAUGUCGGCAGAUGAUGGGAUGCGGUUGGUUUGGCUUGAUUUUGGGGGAGAAGAUGGAGAAAAGGAGCUAGACUUAUUACAAUCACCAAAGCCUUUCAUUUUCACCCUGCAUACUUUCUUGUCUGCGAAGGUCAUACGAUUAGGACUGGUUGCAUGACAAUUACAGCAAUGGGAAUGCGCAGAUGACCCUUCUGAUGACAUCUUCGGUCCCUAAGUUAAAGUUGAUUGUAAAACUUGCUUCCUAAGAAAAGGCUUCCCAUCACUUGUUGUCCAAAAACAACUAUUUGCAGUUUUAAUGCAAGAAAACAGUUUGUUGCACAACAUAUUCUUAGCUUGCAAGCUCUUUAUACAUAAAGAACAAAACAAAUGUUAUGUUUUCCUUUUGUAUUAACGUAAAGUGCCCUGUUGCUACUGCAGAUUGUGAAAAGCAUAAGCAGUUCUGAUUUGGUGUUGGAUGUGUUCUAUAAUUUGUAUUAGCAUUUCAGACUGAUGGAAAGCAUUUUCAUGACUGUGUUUCACAUUGUACAAAGUUGACUAUAUUUUUAAAGGACUAAACAAAUUGACUGUAUUAGAUGACAGUGAGCAUUUUCAAAGGAAUAGAGAGAUCUCAUUAAAAUAAAAAAAAAAGAUAUAGUUAUUUUCUGGUAAUUGCUAAAAAUAUAGCUUUAAUAUCAUUCCUAAUUUUGUAAUUUCCAAUCAGUUAUUCAAAUAUUUUUGGGGAAAGUUAUAAAUUCUUGUGUUUUCAAAUUAGGCUGCCUAAAGGAGCCUAUUGUGCUUAAUAUGUAUGCUUUAUAGAUCGUAGAGAAUUGUUUUGUUUCUUGAGUAUGAAAGAAACAUUAAUUAAUCAUUUUUCUUAUCAACUUAUAUCUAUUAUUCUUUAAGCUUUUUUAUGAAUAUUGUAAACCAUUGUAUCAUUAAAGUAAGUUACUAUAUAUAUACUAACAAAAAUUAAGUAAAAAGAAAAAGCCUAUGAGCAUUCAGUAACCAAUUUUUGUUGUCAGAAAUUUAAUUUGCAAUAAUCAAACACAGUUUUUACUUAUAUUCUAAUUCGAUCCCAUCUUCCUUGAUUGAUGUAACAUUUUCACAAUAUUUUUCAUUCCACUUUCAUUUGUUUGAUGUUUUAUUUCAGGAUUGUCUCAUUUGAC